CAGAGACAAAGCAACCCACCUCUUUCAUGUGAAGUGAAGUUAGUGUAGACAUGCUGAUGUGUGCAGGGUGAGAAAGUACUGUAGUAGAGUUGUGAAACAGACAGCAGACUCUCAUUUGAAACCAUGAUGGGUUGAUCCAGAUGGGACAUUCAUCUUAAAGUUUAAAAAACGAUGGACAGCAAAGAAGUUCUUCAUUUUGUGCCAAUGGCUGUUUCAUCAUCUGUGCCGACAAAAAAUGGCUGUAUCUUCCAAGGUUUGGACACUGAUGCCUCAGGAUUUGGCCUCCUAAAUACAUCAAGAAGAUAUGUAAAGCUGAUGAAUUUCCAGGAGGAAGUAAGGGCUCAUCGAGAUCUGGACGGCUUCUUAGCACAGGCCAGCAUCCUGCUCGAUGAGAAGGCCGCCUCCCUGGACGAAGUGCUUCGCAGAAUGCUGGCCCAUGUGGCUAAGGAUGGGCAGGGCAUCUGCAAUGCUGAGGAGGUCAUGAGUGCUCUGUUCACAGAUGCUGGAGGACAGGAUGCCAGUGUUCACUUGCUGACUGAGACCAUUCAGGGUGUGACAGCGACAGCCACUGGAGUGCGCUACCAACAGUCCUGGCUCUGUGUACUCUGUAAUGUGAAGAGUCUUCAUAGACGUUGUGUUUGUAUCACUCGUCUGGAGCGACCCCAGAACUGGGGUGUUAACUGCUGUGAGGUCCGCUAUGUUAUCCUCAUCCUCGCACCACCUCGAACAAAAAGUACAAAGACAGCCAUCGAGCUUGGCCGCACGUUUGGCACCUUGUUCUCCGAUAUCUCAUUUAGACAGAAACUUUUGGAAACUAAGACCCAGGAGGAUUUCAAGCAGCAGCUCGUAAUUCAAAGGCAGAGACUCUCCACUGCCCUCCAAAAGCCCUCGGUGGAGGAGGAGACCGACCCACACAGCAACAAACCACUCAAGGUAAAAGAUUUCCUAAGAGCCGGUUGUGGCAUUCAUGAAGACCUGUGCCGUAGGCUCCCAUUGUACCUUUCAGACUUCACAGAUGGUAUUCUGGGCACUAACAGGUCUCUGCUCAAGUACACCACUACGGCCAUCUUCCUCUACAUCGCUAUUCUUCUGCCAGCUAUAGCGUUUGGCUCUUUGAAUGAUGAAAGCACACGAGGAGAGAUAGAUGUACAGAAGACCAUUAUUGGUCAAAGCAUUGGAGGAGUGAUCUACUCUAUGUUUGCUGGAUCUCCUAUGGUUAUUCCUCUCACCACAGCACCUCUAGCCAUCUUCAUCAGUGUGAUCAGAGGCAUCUGCGACGACUACGACCUUGAUUUUUCUGCAUUUUAUGCCUGUAUUGGACUGUGGAAUAGUUUCUUCCUCAUUCUCGGGGGGAUUUUCAAUGUCAGCCUGUUUAUGAAGCUCUUUAAACGCUCCACAGAGGAAGUGAUUGCUUUGUUCAUCUCCAUCGCUUUUGUGGGUGAUGCUCUGAAAGGAACCAUAAACAUAUUUCAUAAGUAUUACCACGGCCCUAUACUGGUUAAUGGGAGCACAGAAGAACAACACCUGAAUGUAAUACUUCAUCAUAAAGUGACCGGAUCACAGAACGGAGGCAUCUCAAUCCCUGCAACCAUCGUUCUGUGCACCAGGGAGCGCCCUAUUCUUUGUCUGCUUCUGAUGCUGGGAACACUAUGGUUGGGAUACGCUCUCUUUCUCAUCAAGAGAAGCCCAUUCCUGCAUGCUAAAGUCAGGGAGGUGGUAUCAGACUGUGCAUUGCCAAUCUCUGUGGUCAUAUUCUCCUUCGUGGGCUCCUGCCUUUUUAUUGAUAUACAGCUUCCAGUAUUCAACUACCACAAUGGAACCAUAUUCAAAGUGCCAUCAAUUGACCAACUCACAGGGAUGAACAUAAUAAGUGCAUGCGGUCUUGGCUUUCUCCUGGCCUUGCUCAUCUUCAUCGACCAGAAUAUUGUUGUGUCCCUCACCAACGCCCCAGAGAACAGACUGCUAAAGGGAACGGCGUACCACUGGGACCUGAUGCUCUCUGGGUUUAUCAACAUCCUGAUGUCAGUGCUGGGGUUACCAUGGAUGCACGCAGCUUUCCCUCACUCCACGCUGCAUGUGCGUCAGCUGGCGCGGGUGGAACAGCGAGUGGAGGGAGGGCACCUCUAUGAAACGUGGAUAGUUAGUGUGAAGGAGACACGACUCACAACGCUGGCUGCAAACAUCCUGAUUGGUUUAUCAGUGUUUCUGCUUCCGGUUCCUCUUCAGUGGAUACCGAAGCCUGUUCUCUACGGCCUCUUCCUAUACAUCGCCCUUACAUCUAUAGACAGAAACCAGAUGUGUGAACGAAUGGCCCUUUUACUUAAAGAACAAACGUCAUACCCCCCGACCCACUACAUCCGCAGGGUGCCACAGAGAAAGGUGCAUUACUUCACAGGCCUGCAGAUUAUUCAGCUCAUCAUCCUGUGUGUUUUUGGGAUGUAUCCUCUGCCGUAUAUGAAGAUGAUCUUCCCUUUGCUUAUGAUCAUGCUCAUUCCUGUACGGAGCUACUUGUUGCCGAAGAUCAUUGAAGCAAAGUACUUGGACAUCAUUGAUUCUCAACACAUGUAAAGACUUGCUUUUAACUCUUUCCCCGCCAUUGACAAGUUAUCUUGUCAGUUAAGAGAAAACAUUUCCCUGCCAAUGACGCUUUCCUGAUGAGUUUUUAUUGUAAUCUCUAAUUCUGCUAUUAUCCACUAGAUGGUGGUCUUACCCAAUUUAUAAAAAAUGAAGCAAAAACUAAAUUUUCAACAUUUUAAACUCUGUGUAUGUUGUGAUAAUAAUCGUUCUGAAUCUGUUCUUUAACAAAAAUCCUAUACAAAAAUGCAAUUAUUUUUUGCUUUUUGCUCCACAUUUGUAUUUUUGAAGAAAAAGAGGUUAUUAAAAGAGAACAAAUGGAGAUAGGAUAAAA